GCUUGCAAACCCAGGCUGCUGCCUUGGCUCUUUUAAAAGGCAGAGCCACGGAGGAGGUGGUGUUCUGGGAGGAACCAAUGAGCAACCCCUAUUAGGCCUAGGUCAAGUGUGCUGGCCCGGAGCACAGCCUGCAAGCACCAGGUUAUGGUCCCUGCAAUGCUCGCCGGCUACAUGUCCCUGAGAGGAGUCUCCGCGCGGUUGCUGAGCCGCAGGUCGGACUUGCGCUUCCUGCGUGUUCCACGUUCCUGGAGCUCAGCGGCCGCCCACACCGAGAAGACACAGAUCCGACCAGCCAAAUCUUCUCGUCCUGUGUUUGACUGGAAGGACCCACUGAUACUGGAGGAGCAGCUGACUGCCGAUGAGAAACUCAUCAGGGACACCUUCCGUAACUACUGCCAGGAGCGGCUUAUGCCUCGAAUUCUGCUGGCCAAUCGAAAUGAAGUUUUUCACAGGGACAUUGUGUAUGAGAUGGGGGAGCUGGGCGUGUUGGGACCCACCAUUAAAGGGUAUGGCUGUGCUGGAGUGUCAUCGGUGGCCUAUGGGCUCCUGACUCGAGAGCUGGAGAGGGUAGACAGUGGCUACAGGUCAAUGAUGAGUGUUCAGUCCUCCCUUGUCAUGCAUCCCAUCUAUGCCUAUGGGAGCGAGGAGCAGCGACAGAAGUAUCUGCCCCGACUGGCCAAGGGUGAACUUCUGGGCUGCUUUGGACUUACAGAGCCCAACCAUGGGAGUGACCCAGGUGGCAUGGAAACCAGAGCUCGCCACAAUCCAUCAAACCAGAGCUACACUCUCAGUGGGACCAAGACCUGGAUCACCAACUCCCCGGUGGCUGACCUAUUCAUAGUAUGGGCUCGGUGUGAGGACAACUGUAUUCGGGGCUUCCUACUGGAGAAGGGGAUGCGGGGCCUCUCCGCCCCUAGGAUUGAAGGAAAGUUCUCCUUGCGGGCCUCGGCUACUGGUAUGAUCAUCAUGGACAGCGUGGAAGUGCCUGAGGAGAAUGUUCUGCCUAAUGUAUCCAGCCUGGCGGGCCCCUUUGGCUGCCUUAACACUGCGAGAUAUGGCAUCACAUGGGGUGUGUUGGGAGCUGCUGAGUUCUGUUUGCACACAGCCCGGCAGUAUGCCCUGGACAGGAUCCAGUUUGGAGUCCCCUUGGCCAGGAAUCAGCUGGUUCAGAAGAAGCUGGCAGACAUGCUCACUGAGAUCACACUGGGACUCCAUGCUUGUCUGCAACUUGGCCGUUUAAAGGAUCAGGACAAGGCUACCCCAGAAAUGGUCUCCCUGUUGAAGAGAAACAACUGUGGAAAAGCCCUGGACAUUGCCCGCCAGGCACGAGACAUUCUGGGAGGAAAUGGGAUUUCUGAUGAGUACCAUGUGAUCCGGCAUGCUAUGAAUCUGGAAGCAGUGAACACUUAUGAAGGUACACAUGACAUUCAUGCUCUGAUCCUUGGGAGAGCAAUUACUGGGAUUCAGGCAUUCACUGUUGGCAAGUGAACCCACUUCAACAAAAGCCCUUCAACAGAGAAAUACUUUGCCCUGAGUCUGGUCAAGAAGUAAUGGAUGGCCGGGCAGUGAUGACACAUGCCUUUAAUCCCAGCACUUGGGAGCAGAGGCAGGAGGAUUUCUGAGUUUGAGGCCAGCCUGGCCUACAGAGUGAGUUCCAGGACAGCCAGGGCUACACAGAGAAACCUUGUCCAGAAAAAGAAAAAAAAAAAAGUAAUGGAUGGACCCAGCUUCUAUAGUGCAAAGUGAGAUACUGAUUUGAGACUCAGGAAAUUUCUUUCUGGGAGACAUUCAGAUAUGCUCUAUAAAAAGAAGAUGAAAAAAAAAAUGAUGAAAUUAAUUCUGUCUAUGGCCCUCAGCCCUUUUUAACUGUGGAUGAAAUCAGCCUCCAUCUACCCCGUUUUAAGUUUUCUUGGAACUGGGGAAGACAAAGGGGAGUGACCCAGGAGCCACUGAGAUGGAACAGACCUGGUGAGAAGAUGCACUGGACUUUGCAGUGUGCCUUCUGUGUUCAACGCUGAGCAGAUAAAAGAUGAAAAUAAAGAGCCUGUGCCUUAC